CAACUUUACUCGUUUUUGGCAGGUAAAACGAUGCCACUUAUAUUUGUGUAUCAUUUUCGGUGGUGACCGCAGAAACAGUUUACCUCGUAUGGUAGGUACUCAAGUUCUUCAGUCACCAACGCGCAAGCGAUAUUGCAUGCGUCUCCAGGAUCCCUUUCCGUCACGCUGCGUCGCAGUGAUGGGUGGACUGUGCUGAGCUCUCCACAAAAGCAUCCCUUAAAUUUGCAGUUCUGCUGCUGCCUCCUUGCAGGCACAGACAAGGCUCUGAAGGACCGCAGCGAUCACCACAGGCUCACGAACUGAUCAGAUGUCUUGUGCACGGUUGCAGCUGCUGCAACGCAUCCUUUGGAAACGCAAAUGGCUUCCAGUCUAAGGAGUGCGCAGAGAGAUUUCGCCGAAUUGGAUACCUGCGGAGGGGACCCCCGAAUCCGGUGCGCGGUGAGAGCAAUACGCUGGGGAGCAGCUGCUUGUUCAUGGAAAAACGGACGGAGAGUCGGUCAGCAGGGAAUGUUCGUAAAAUGUAUGGUAUCCAUAGGAAUGCUCCUACUUCUGCUGCAGUGUGCAGUGGCAGUUGAGGAUGACUCCAAUUAUGAGACAUCGGGGUCUUCGGCCUCACCUCAGGAUCCAGUCACCGCGGCGACGCCCUCUCACCUGCUGGCCGGCUUCAUGAUGCUAGAGGAGGAUACGCUCUCGAUCGUCCAAUCGGAUGGCUCGAGUCCUGUAGCGAGCACGCGAGAGCAGCCGGCCUUCUCGUCCAUCCUGACGCUGCUGGCCGGCUCGGCCCGGCGGCCCCAGAACCUCAUCCAGCCCAGAGGGUCCCCGGCGGGGAACCGGACCACCCAGUGGCGCACCGACGACUUGAUCGAACGAGCUGAGCCAUCCUUCACCUCUUCUUCUUCAUCCUCCUCCUCCUCCUCUUCGAUCCUGGGGCCGAUCGGCAACUACUCUUUUGGUUCAGAAGAACCAGCAAUGGAUGAUUUGCUCACAUCCAGAGAAGCAGGUGAUUUUUCUAAAGAGAAUGACUCUAGUGCAUCCCCCUCCCUGAUGAGGAUUACAGACUCACCACCUCCAUCACCUGCACCAGCAACCCAGAAGACCUUACUCCAGUUCACCACCAUGACCUCCACCACAAUAGCUCCAGCCACAACCACUACCACCCUGGCUACAACCACCACUCAAUCCACCACCACUACAACAAGGCCCACAACAACAGUACCAACCACCACCACAACCACCACCACGACGACUGCAGCACCACCCAGGACGUCAGCCCCAGUGCGGCCACCAGCCCGCACCUUAACCAUUCAGAUCCCCAGGACUAGUGCUCCCAGGAUAACCACCACUGUUCUGACCACCACCACCACCGCAGGGCCGCCACCACCCAAGUGCAACAUCACCAACCGCAUGUUGGUAAAAUCAGGAGAGCUCUUGGUCCUCAGAGACACAGUAGACACAGUCAUGCAGGGCCAGUUCACGUCGCACCGGAACAAGGUGGAGACCCUGUUCACAGUGCCCAAUGUGACGGUGGGGUAUUACGUGGUCCGGGGGGACACGGUGUACACUCCGGCCGCGGUGGCGGAGGCGCUGAGUGCGUACGGUGCAGAGCGUCUGAUGGGGGACGUCCGGCAAUUUGUGCCGUUAGUCCAGGCCAUCCCCAUCCCAGCCAUGGCCUGGACUCCCAGUCCAGGCAUCGCACUGCGGCUGAAGACAGUGCUCAGGUUUGUGAACGCAGAGGACGACCUACAGUCCUGCCGGUUCUCUCAGAUGAUGGAGCAGCGUCUGGAGAAGGCCUUUGCAGAGGCUGAGGCCAAAGUGCUUCACUCCCAGAGCAGUCUCUCUGUGCAGAUCCUGAGUGCGUCCCAGUCUGCCGGCUCUCCUGCCGUCUCUCUCAUCUAUGUGGUGCGGAACGGCAGCGCGGCUCUGAAUGGCACCAUGGCCAGCAGUCUCCUGAGCCAGCUAACGGCCGAGCUGGUGGGCUACUUCCUCUUCUACCCUCCCCUCGUCACUGCAGAGCCAUUGGAGUACCAUAACCUCAACACCUCUGCAGCUACAAGGGACUACUGGGUAAUCACAGUCAUUCAGGACGUGGAUAACUCGUCUCUGGAGAGCCAGUACCAGAGCUUCGCCAGUCUGAUGGAGCAGCGGCUGGCAGAGCUCUUUGUGGUGGCGCAUCAGCAGGGCGGACGCAUCCGCAGAGCGGCCACUGCGGGCAGCUACACCGUGCAAAUGGUCAGCAUGAGGCGUGUUGCUGGAGCUAAGAACCCUGCAGAGCUGACCUACUAUGUCCAGAUGAAUGGCGUGCCAUUGGCCGGCACGUCGGCCGCCAAGGUGCUGAACACACUGGACUCCCAGACCAUGGCGCUCACCCUGGGGUACUUCGUGCAGCUGCAGGCUGAACCUGUGGUGAAGAACCCACACAACAACCUGUGGAUCAUUGCCGCAGUGUUGGCCCCCAUCGGCGUUGUGACUAUCAUCAUCAUCAUCAUCACAGCUGUGCUCUGCCGCAAAAACAAGAGUGACUUCAAGACCGACUCCAUCGGCAACCUGAACCCCCGUGCCAAGAGUGCUUACCGGAGGGAUGCCGGUUAUUAUAUUCAGCCAGUCCAGGGGUUUGACUAUGCCAAACAACACCUUGGCCAGCAAGGCGGCGAUGAAGAGACCUUGCCUGUCACCCAUGAGACCAAGGUCCUGCCUCUGCCCAUCAGAGACGCACCCCUGUCUCUGGAGAAAGUCAUUCAUCCAGAUGGCAGCAGCACCAAGAAGACUUUGUCCAUUGAAAUCAGGAAAAGCAGGUUGCCGAGCGAAGACGGCUCCGUCAUCAGCGACGAAUCAGCGGCGAAGCCCCACUCUGGCAGGGCCUCCACAGCGCCCAAAGUCCCGACGCAGCAGAAAAUGACAAAGGAGGAGACGCGGAAGAGGAAUGAUCCAUAUGACACCUCAUCAGGGUCCCUGCAGCUGAUCUCCAUCAAGCCAAUGGCAGCUCCGCCUACCUAUUCACACCCCGCCUCCUCCGACCGCAGCCAGGACUCUGCAAUCCUCAAUGGAGAGGUAAGCCUGGCUCUGAAGCAGAAGUCAGACAUUGAGCACUACAGGAAUAAGCUGCGUCUGAAGGCCAAGAAGAAGGGCUACUACGACCUGCCCCUGGCUGGGGGCAGCAGUGGCUCCAACGCUGUCAGUCAGAGGUAUGAGCGCGGCCACCAGAGGGCGCCACACGAGCAGGGCCGCCCCCUGGAGAACGAAGAUGAGCGCUCCUCUACCUAUGUUAAAUCCCACAGAAGACACUCCCAGGUGCGGCACCCUGCAUACCGUAGCAGGCAGUCCCUGAACAGCCCCAGCCCUGGGGGGACGGAGAUGGACCUGCUGCAUGCACACAGUCACACCCGCAACAGUGGCUAUGAUACCGAACCCGAGAUCAUCGAGGAGACAAAUGUGGACCGGCUGAUGAGCCACCGCAGCUAUGGUUACGGCCGGCAGGUCAAGGGUCACUCGGAGACGUCCACGCUGAGCUCGCAGCCCUCCAUCGACGAGGUGCGGCAGCAGAUGCACCUGCUGCUGGAGGAGGCCUUCAGCCUGGCCUCGGCCGGUCAUUCAUCCUCCACCGCCGGCCGCCACCACCACCCCCAAGCCCUCCCCCAGCACCCCCACAACCCCCACCACCAGCUGGGGCCCUACAACCCGGGGCCACCCAUACCCUACUCCGAGGUGGUGACCAGCGCUCCGGGCACCAUAAGCCGAAACCAAAGAGCGUUGCAGUGGGUGCCGGCCGGGUACGGGCCAGACCUGUACCAGUGCAGCCUUCCCAAGCCUGCGUUCAGGUUCACUCAGCUUCCUGACAUGGCUAUGGGGUCCCCCCCUCCUCCCAUUCCACCCAGAACAGGCCCUCCUGGGACAUCACUGAGGCGCUCUUCAUCUGACCUUGGGCCGAAGGCCCGGAGUGUAGAGUCCUCUGUCACUGACGUGCCGAGUCAGCAUGACAGCGCCCCCUACGUGCCAGUCAGCAGAGCCGUGCUCCCCUCAGUUACCACUGACCAGCCCCUGCCACUCAACCACUCAGGAAACCCAAUUUCCGCAGUCUAUGCCAUCCCAGCUACUCGCCCUGGCUACCCAGGAUACUUCCUGUCCACCCCACCGUCCUCCUACCACAGCCCGUCCUGGAUGUCCUACCCGCCGGAGCCUGAGGACGUGCCUCCACAGUGGGCUGAAUCUGUGCCGUUGCCAGGUUACGCCGAGGCUUUUCCGCACCCCCGCUACCCUCAGGGCAGCCCCCUGUUGCAGCACUACGGGCAGCCACCAUUAGCCCUGGGAGGCUUGGAGCGCCCCACGUCCGCCUCCACCGUGGCCUCUCAGCAGAGCCUAGCCGACCCGCUGGACCUCCCCGUGUCCGACAACCCCCUCACCAACCUCUCUACGUCCGCCUUGGUCAAAGCGAUCCGCGAGGAGGUGGCCAAGCUGGCCAAGAAGCAAACAGACAUGUUUGAGUUCCAGGUCUAGAGCUCCCUCUAGUCAGCAGAAGACUAAGCAGCAAGUUCUUUAAAAGGGAGAGACUGCUGCAGACCUGAGCAACACACAACACAGAACUCAGAGGUUUGUACAGAUUAAUGCGCUCCUGUUUGGGGUGAGCCGAAAAUAGUUACUGUAUCUCUGUUUGAAUUUCACAAUGUACUCGUUUUCUCGCAGAACAAACCUGUUGUAUGUCGAGCAUUUCAGUCAGCUUUAUUGUGGGCUGUCUUUGACUUUUGGCUUUUUCCCCAUUUGUUCAAUGGCAUUGUAAAAUAGCAUUCAAAUCAUAAAUGUGAUGUUUGGAACUGAAAGGAACUGACUUUCACACGAGAACCAAAGCAUUGCAAUGAAUUUAUACUUUCAACCUAUCAUCCAUCCGUUACUGAAUAUUUCAUAUUCAGUUAACACUUAAGUUUUCAUUUUGUUGUGAUUUAUAGACAUGCUAAUGUGCAGAAGCCUGAAUCAAAGGAUUUAUACUUUUCCAAUGCUAAUGGGGGUUAACAUUAAGAAUAAUUGAUUUUAAGAAAUUAUUACUGUAUAUCCUACAUUGUGUUUAAAUGGCUUUUCUGUCUUGAGUGUACAAAAUAAAAAAUGUUUGGGAAUCAAAAGAGAUUAAUUUAAUAAACUAUAGAGACUAUAAAUUAUAGUUUUGUGGAAGUUCAAAAAGUCUGAUAUGUUGACAGUUAAAUUUGGACCUUCCCCUAGUAGUUAGAAAAGUACAUUUCUUGUUUGACCAAGUGCAUGCAGCUGCAGUGUAUUUGACUCAAAGGCUUUUUCCACGUGCUGUCUUCUCCAUGUCCUAUAGGCUGUCCCAUAGUAAAUAUUUCUUUGCUUUAAAUUGUGAAUGUGUUGCAAAAGAGCGCACUCUUUGGAAAUGAUUGUAUUGUAACUCCCAUUAAGGUCAGUGGAAAUGCACUUUAUUUUGUAAGUAUAGAUCCAUCGUUUUCUGUUAAUCCUCUCAACAUUUAAAUGAAAAAGAUUUGUCUGGUGAUUACUGAAUAUUGCUUUGCAAAUGGUGAGCAAUAUUCAAAAGGCCUGAAGAAUAUGAUCUGUAGAUGCUGUGCUAUCUUGACACAUGGCCUAGAAUAAGGAUUUACUUGCUCUCUGUGAACUGGGGACUUAGAGAACUAACUGGCCUAAGUAGUGUAUUUUUUGAGAUGAUGCCUGCGCAGUGUAGUACUCUUGAAUGCAAAUUGUGCAGAUGUUUAGAAAGAUUGAUGUUUGCCAUGAGGGAGACUGUUCCUUUAAGACCCAUUUUUAACAAAACAGCUGAAUAUAUGUCAUUUAUACAUGUGGAUGGCUUAUACCGUCUGCAAGAAAGAUGGCCAUGGAAGAACGUGGCCACUUGAUUCACAAUGAAAUGGGGAAAAUGUCUUUGUGUUGUUUGUCAAGUGUCAUGUCACACGUCUUAUUUUCUCAGGUUCCCUUUUGGAACUUUCACACCAGUAUUGGUGUUGGUUUGUAAAUAGGUAAGAAAUCAAAUCAAUUCUUGAAGUUAUUUCACUCUUCAGCACUUUGCUGAUGGGUUAACUUUUUCCGUUAUUAUAGGAAUUUCAUAAUGAUGAUACUGUCAUACCUUGAGAUGGACAAUAUCAUAUCUGUUAGAAGUAAAGACUUUGAAUUGUUUUCUUCCUGUAUGCUGUACAUGGAUCUUAAAGCUGCUGUAGGUGGUCUACUGUUUGACACUCAAAAUGAUUGGCAUAUAGAUUUGCUCAUCUCAUUAGAGAGGUCAUGAUUGGUUAACAUAGCUGUACCAUAUUGAGAGUUUUGUAUCUGAUUACAGAGCACAGGAGAGUCCCAGACAUACAUUUCUCUCAUAGAGCUUAUUUUAAAGACAUAGCAAUAGCUGUCAGAAAGUAAAGACAGUGUCCUACCAAUAUCACUUACAACAGCUUUAAGGGAGACACUUGGUAAUUUGUAAGAGCCCAGAGUAAUGUUGAUUUUUAAUCUUCUUGAAACCAGUGAGCCAAUAAAAUGGACUGAAUGAUAA